CUUCACCUUCUCUCCUCUCUUUCCUUUCUCUCGCUCUCCCCGUCUCCCACAUACCGGAAGAAGAAAACCAAAUCAGGGAGAAAAAUAAGGGUAACUGGGACUUGAUCAUUGAUUCAACGACGAUAUGGGGAAGAACAAGAAGGCAGAGUACCCCAGCGCAGACGACAAUAACGAUGACGGUAAGGGGAGUUACAAUUACAAGAUGUUCAGCGUCUUCAAUCGCAAGUUCAAAAUCACGGAGCCCGAGCCGCCGGCCGACGUCCAGAAUCUAUUCGCCGAGUAUUCGGAGGGCCGUCAGGAGAUGACCGCCAAUCAGUUCCGUAGCUUCCUUACCGAUCACCAGAGCGAGCACGAUUGCACGCUCGAGGAAGCCGAGAGGCUCGUCGCCGAAAUCCUUCAACGGCGGCACCAUUCAACGGCGUACGUCGAUAAUGGCCUCAAACUCGACGACUUCUUCGAGUUCUUGCUCUCCGACGACCUCAAUGGCCCCAUCAACAAACAGGUGCAUCAUGAUAUGUGUGCGCCAUUGUCACAUUAUUUCAUAUACACAGGCCAUAAUUCCUACCUAACUGGGAAUCAGCUCAGCAGUGAUUGCAGCGAGGUCCCCAUUGUAAGAGCAUUACAGAGAGGGGUUCGAGUGAUUGAGCUAGACUUAUGGCCUAAUUCCUCCAAGGACGAGAUCCAUGUUCUUCACGGCAGGACCUUGACCACGCCUGUAUCGCUCUUCAAAUGCUUGAAGUCGAUACGAGACUAUGCUUUCGUCCGUUCUCCUUAUCCGGUCAUAAUCACCUUGGAAGAUCACCUCACAGCAGAGCUUCAAGAGAAAGUUGCAGAGAUGUUGGUUCAAAUAUUUGGGGAGAUGUUGUAUUACCCAGAGUCGGAUAGCUUGAUUCAGUUGCCUUCGCCGGAAGUACUGAAAUAUCGAGUCAUGAUCUCAACCAAACCGCCAAAGGAGUAUCUCGAAUCGAGCGGCAUCAAACAAAAGGGAACGCCACGAGAUAGUGGGACCGAGGAUGACAAUGAAGAUUAUUAUGAAGAUGCAAUUGAAACUUUUGAAACAGAUGAUUGGAGCAACAUUAGUGAUGAAGAAGACGAAGAUUGGAGUGACUGCAGAUCAUCAGGGCAACUAAAUCCUCCCGGGUACAAAGGGCUUAUAACCAUUCAUGCCGGAAAGCCUAAGGGAGCACUAAAAGAUGCAUUGUGCCCUGCCGCCGAUAAAAUCAGACGGCUUAGUAUGAGUGAGCAGGAGCUUGAGAAGGCCGCCACUACAAAUGGAACUGAUAUAGUCAGAUUUACGCAAAAUAACAUAUUGAGAGUUUAUCCAAAGGGAACACGAAUCACGUCCUCUAAUUACAAGCCGAUUGUGGGGUGGAUGCAUGGGGCACAAAUGAUUGCAUUCAACAUGCAGGGAUAUGGGAAAUCACUUUGGUUGAUGCAUGGUAUGUUCCAGGCUAAUGGAGGAUGCGGGUACGUGAAGAAGCCUGAUUUUCUGAUGAAGAAAGGCAUAAAUAAUACUGAGGUUUUCGAUCCCAGGAAAAGAUUGUUAGUGCAAAAACGAUUGAAGGUCAAGGUGUAUUUGGGUGAUGGAUGGCGCCUCGACUUUAGCCACACACAUUUUGAUGCUUAUUCACCACCAGACUUCUACAUCAAGAUUUACAUUGUUGGUGCAGCAGUCGAUUCGACGCAAAAGAAAACAAGGAUCAUCGAGGACAAUUGGUCUCCCAUAUGGAACGAAGAGUUUAUGUUCCCAUUGACGCUUCCAGAGCUAGCUCUGCUUCGAAUCGAGGUCCGAGAUCAUGACAAGUCUGAGAAAGAUGAUUUUGGUGGGCAGACAUGUUUGCCCGUCUCAGAGCUCAGACGAGGGAUACGAUCGGUUCAUCUUCACGACAAGAAAGGCGAGAAGCUGAAUAAUGUAAAGCUUUUGAUGGGAUUUGAGCUUUUGUAGAUUUUUAUGUAUGUAUGUAUAUCUUGGAGCAGAAUUAUACUAAUUAGUUAGGCAGCAAAUUUAAAGCAUUCAAAUCAAAAUUUGUGGUCUUAGAGUGUAGGUAUUACUUGUUAGAUUCAACUGCUGCACCAUUGAAAAUUUGAAAUCUCUGAAAAGGUUAGACGUAAUUCUCAAAGAAGAACUCGUUUAUUCCAUGGAUGAAAGUGUACAAGAACUUUAUAAUUGUAUAUACUCGUAUUUAGAUGAUCAA